CGGUGGCUACGGCGGCGCCGGCGGCGCGUUCGGCGGCCCACCGCCGGCCAGCGGUGGCGGCGGCUCGUACGGCGGCGGCAGCGGCGGCCCGUCGUGGUGGUAAGCGGGUGUGCGGCACAAGCUAGUGCCCACAACGCAUCUCAUGAAGCAAGCCCCAUGCCCAUCCGUCCUCUUCCUCGCCUUCGAUCUUCGCCUUCUCGCGCCCUCCUCAUUCUUCUCCGAGCGCGUGCAUCAAGCGCACGCGCGUCUUCGCAUCCUUCGCCCCGGUAUCGUCAUUCAUCAACCUGCUGCGACUCCCUCCCUCUCUCCAUCCUUUCCCUUCCGAGCACCCAUCUCAAAAGCCCAGGCCGGCCGAUGAGCCUGGGCACCCCCCUCUCUCUUCCUCUACGAGCGAAAAAAGAAGAGUCUCCACGAGGCCUCACUCAUGCUGCCUCGCCCUCGUCCGACUCAAACCAACCCUUGGGAUCCCGUGUCACCCUCUUCACAUCGAUCUCAAGACUCGACAUCCAAUAGACUCUUUCUUUCGCACACUACACACUAGACCUCCUCCUCUACCCUCUAUCCUUCUCUCCACGCGCGCUCGUCGAGGGCCUGCUUGCGCCGGUCCCGCGAGCGUGGCGCUGUGUCCCUGUCGCGCACAGGCGCGGCCUUCAUCCGCACACCUUUCCCCUCCUUUCUUCUUCACCUCCCUCCCCCAUCUUGACAACGCAGCAUCUCACGCAUGAAUGGAUACCCAGCUUCGCGCACCUA